UACAUCUACGAGUCGCUGUAGGGCGCCGUCCGGCAUGUCUUGUUUACGGUGAGGUCGGAAUACCAGCCUGCGGUUGAGCUAAACGUUUCUGAAUAGCCCUCCAUCCCAGAUAUCAGAAAAAGAAGGACAGACAAGGAGAGAAAGAGAGAGCAAGGGGAUGUUGACUUGUGCCUCUGACCUGCUCCCUCAGAUAGUUUGUCCAAUGGAUGAAGAUUCUAUUCCCCCAAACCGUUUCUGUAGUGCACCUCCCCACAGUGAACCUCCACCACCUUUCCUCCCCCUUUCCUCCAUCACUCCCAGCUGUGCGAACGAUGGAAUAUCUGGACACAGAAGGAGCGGUCGCAUUCAAGGGAUCAGAGGACAGCUGUCCAAAAAGCAGAGCAAUACAGACAUCGGAGCAGCUCAGAAACCAUCCAGACAGAAUCCAUCCCCCACAAAGAGACAAAGGGAGAGUGGGAGCAUGGUACAAGCGUCACAGUCCAAGCAGCCAAGAGUUGAAGGCCAACAUGGACAUGAGAAACAAAACAAGGAUGGAUUUGAUUUUGGUUGUGCAGCAGAGUGGCAAAAUAAACAAAUGGACCAGGAAAGCCCACAGAAGAAUCAGAAUGUCUCUGCUGCUGAAAAUGUAGUCGACAAUCCCACUGAGAAUCUUGAUGCCACUAAAUCUGACAUGGAUACAUGCGGAGGAUUGGUUGUUGGAAACACUCUAGAAAAUGCAUCUGCCCCGAAGGGAUGGGUGAUCGGCCCCCUGUUUCAGUCCUUCAGGUCGAAGAUGGCGAGUUUCACAGAGAUAGUAAUGAGUCCUGUUAAACUCUUCAGAGCUAAUAGCCCUCCACCAUCCAUGGAUCCAGAUAAACUCAGUGACUGUGAGCUACAGGCUGAUGAAACAUCUGAUGAUGAACACGUAGAGCCAAGUGAUUUUUUUCAUCAAGAAGCAAAAUGUGAGAAUCGGAGGCUCAGUGAAGUGGAGGAUGCUCAAAAUGCAGAAACUGUUCUUAACUAUUCCAAAAAAAAAUCAUUUAACCUGGAGUUGUCAACACACAGCUCUGAACAGCCAGAUGAAUGUGCUGUUACUCAGAAAGAAAUAAACUCACCUGAUUCUGUGCUGUUGCAACACAGCCCCUUACCCUGCAUUGUUUCUGAGGAAGUUUCCGAAUCUAAUGGGUCUGUUAUUAGAUCCUCUAUACUGUUACACCCCUCCGUCCGUCUAAGUGCCUCACAUGAAUCCAAGUUAAACCUGUCCAGUACUAAGGAGUACCAGAAAGGCAAACUGACUGUCAGGUUGAAACCACUGCCAAGGAGGUGUAGAGGAAAUAGAACUGAAGCAAAGAAAGCUACUUUAACGUCUGAAGUCACAAUGGAAGAGUCUUACUCAGAGGUUUUUGAUGAGCAGGUUUCUCACAGGAAUUCAGUCAAAUCAAAAGCUGACUCAAGAGAUAUUGAGAAAACACUGUCAUUAUCUUCCCCCAUCUCUCAUGAUCUGCCUGACACAGACUGUCCUCAGCAUGAUGGGGAUGACGAUGGCAGGAAAGUUGAAAGUUGCCACUUGGUUUGCCAAAACCUCCAAAAUAUCUUACCUGACAGUGACAAGCCUAAUUUGGAUACUCAGCAACUGGAGUGUCAGGUAAACACUGAAACUUAUUCAGCUGCAAGUCUUGGGAGAGCAAAGAGGGCGCUGAAACAGGACUGUCAUUCCCAAGACUUUGUGAAGAGGAAAAGAUUGACUGCAGAUAUAUCUACAAAGGAUACAAAGGCUUCAGAUGGUGGCGUAUUGAGAGCGCUAAGACCAACAAGGAAGGAAGUUGUGUCGACAAAUACAAUGGUGGAUAAGGAAGAAACGGUGAAGCCUGCUCGAAAAAGACAGGCGGUUUCAGCAAGACCAAAUAGGAAAGGAAAAGGUGGACAAGAAAGCCUUGCUACGAUAAAUGAAGCAGCGUUUAACACACAGAUUGAAUGUUCCUCUCAUGCGAUGUUGGUUUGCUCACUGGAUAAAAGCAGUGGCGUAUCGGAGAACUGCCAAAAGGACAGCAGCAGCCAGGUCAAGCCCCGUGGUUCAUGCAAAAGACUGAAGUCAAAAACAGGUCUUGAUAAAUCUGAUGUAAACAUUGAUAACAGUAUGGAUCUGGAAACCACUGUGGCAAUCACCUCUACAAAACAAGGAAAGCAGGAACUGUUAUCAGAGGUCCUUGUCCCCAAUACCUGUCAGCAUGUUCAGAAAGAGGAGACCAGGACAAUGGAGGUGAACCGGGCGUCCAAGAGACCCAAGAAGGGUUUUAGAGGUGCUGUUGAAUCAUCUGCGUCAGGUGGGACUCAAGAGACAAAGCAAUGUAUCAAUAACUUUAAUUUGAUAACCAAAGAAAACCAGUCUAAAGAAGGCAAAGGUAAAACCCCGACGGACCCUGUAUAUUUUGAAAUGACACCUUUGGAAAGUAAUCACCAACUUGUUCCUUCACCCUUGCAGCCUCAUUUAGACUGCUAUGUACAAUUAAGUAAUGGCGUUAAGCAUGUCCUGGAUGAGAAAGAAAUGAGUGCUACUUCUUUGGCAGAUGAGGUAUUUCCCACUGAUGCUGAAGCCAGUAACUACAGCAGCACCGGUGUCUCAAGGUUAAGGUCUAGCGCAAGAAGGGUUAACAUUAAGCCAAGGAGAGCAGAUAACCAAAGGAGGAAAUGCAGGGUUUUGCACAGCAGGACACGUAAAGGUGAAGAGGUUACAAACUCAGUCACUAUGGAUGAUGCAGACCUGGGUACAGCAGGACGCUCAUCAGAAAAAAGCCUUUCACGGCGCCUGUUACGCAGCUACUCUUGCCCAGAGAUCCCUUCCCUCCGUUCCCAUGACAUGCCUUGGACUUCUCCUCUGUAUUCACCCCAUCACGGCAGGAUUCACACAGCACAUCAGCAUCAGUCUCCCCACACUCCUCUUGCCCAUCAUGCACACAAAUCCCUGCAGCGUGCUCGUCGACACACAGUCUGCAGUGUCGAAGUGGAGAGGGAGAUUGCCCCGCUCUGCCUUCGAAAGGAGGUGUACCCAUCCAGAAGAUCUGUCCCGUAUGACAGCACCACCCAACACUUGUCUGCUAGUCUUGCACUUUCUCCCAGCACUUCCCUCUCAGCUCUUGCUUCCUGUUUCCUUUCAAGCCCCCUGGCUUUCCUUUCUAAGAAAUUUGACAGCAGGGGAGCUGCUACCAGUUCCAGCACUUCCAGUCCUUCCUCUCCCACCUCCUCUUCUUCGUACUCAUCAAGCUCCUUACCGUGGCGCCUUCCAGGAUUCCUCCAAAGAACUGACUCCUCUAGUGCUGCCUUAGACUCUAGCAGCAGCGGGAAUCCCCUGGAGUGUCAGAUUGAAAGAAGGAGUGAAGAGGAGGAUGACGGCGAGGACACAAGCUCAUCCAGUCAGGAGUUUGAAGAUGUAGGGUUGAGAGAAGAAAAGGCCUUUUCUGAUUCUGAAAUCAAGGUGGUGCAAAAGCACGAGGAACGAGGGAAGGUGUCGUCUAUUAGAAUUCGCAAAACUUUACCCAAACCUCAGAACAACCUGACACCCAUGGGUCUGCCCAAACCCAUCAGGCUGAAAAAGAAGCAGUUUAGUUUGGAAGAAAUUUACACCAAUAAGAAUUUCAGCAAACCCCCUGAAAGCCGGCUGGAGACCAUAUUCGAGGUGCCUCUCAAUCGCCGGAAUGGUUCUGAGUCCUGGUUUGGCCAGAGGCGUGUCAAGCGAUUUCUGGAGUUCCUGGAAGUCGGCGAGGCCAGAAAACCAAAGAAGACCCUUGUUGGUUUUGCUAAGGCAGGUAUGUCAUCUUCCAGGACAAGACGAGGGUGCUUCCCGAAAGACGAACCGUCCCUGGGUGUGCAGGAUGUGGACUCACUUCUCUGUGCCAAGCUGGAUCAGUUGAAUUUGUGGUUGAUACAUGAUCACAAAGACAGCUGACAGAUGCCUCUUAAAUGUCCACUGUUUGGCAGCCAUUUAAAAAAAGCACUGUAAGAGAUAAUGCUGUUUUAAAUGACAAUGUCUGUGUUUUCAGCAUGAAGAGUCUUGUGAUUCUUCCAGCUCUUUUUUUUUUUUUUUUUUGUCAGCACAAUCGGUGUAUAGUUAUUGUGUAGACAAGGUAUUAUUGAAGAAUUAAAUUUUCAUUCUGUAGCAUGUGUAGCCUGCAAGUUGAAGACUAAAAACAUCAUAGCACCAUAAAUGUAUUGCCUCAUAGAAGUUGGUUAUAAGCCUAGUGGUUGAUAUAUACAGUAAGCCGCUUUUUUGUCAUUAAUGCACUCACACGUCUGCCGUCCAUUUUAACCCCGGGCCACUUUCCAUCUGCGAUAAGUGAAAUUGUUUAGAGCAAACCUUGACAUCGUUGAUUUAAACCCUUGUACAGUGUCAUAGCAUUUUUGCAUUAUCAGUUUUUUUUUUUUUUAAAUCUCAGACUUGCCCAGAGUAUUACAAACCUGCACAACCUCCCUGGGUGAGUGUUAAUGCCAUUUGUUUGUUUCUUUAAAAAAGAAAAAUGAGAACGCAGAAUGCAUAUGAUUUCUUUUGUGCUGUCUUGUUUAAAAGAACGCAUUGUAUUACAUUAGUAGUCGUGACCUAGUCAUUGUAAGUUAUUUUAUAAAGGCAGCUAAUUUUUUUUUAUUAAAUGCUCAAUAUAACUUUAAAAACAUGCCAACAAGAGAUUUGUGUUUUGCAACAACCAAUUUCACAACCAGGUUUCUGUCCACUAAUUCUAUGUACAGUAUGUCUGCAAGCAGCAUGCACCAUGUAAAUAAGUUUACUCCCCUCAGGGCAGAACCUGUUCAAUUAUUCAACUGUUUGUGUUUGUAAUUUGAUGGCUGAAGAGGUUUUUUUGUAUAAAAGUCUAACUUGGAAACAAGAAGGCACUUGAGAGAGCGUUUCUAAUCAAGAGGGGCGGUGUCCAGAUUCCACUGCUAGCUGGCUUUUUAAUACCUAUGGUUCUCUCUGGAUUGAUUUGUGGUGUUGGUUUUAGUAUUGAAAAUGUAACUUCUUGAUAAACUACCUAUGUAUGAUAUGAUUCUUUUGGCCAAAUGUUUGAGGUUGCCUUAACUGUACGAUGUUCUGUUUUAAAUAGAUGUUUUGUAGGCGUAUUUGUAAUGGUUUUUUAUAAGGUCAUGUUAAGAUGCUUCAAGGAACUCAGAGGACACACGUUUGCCGUUUUUAUUAUGAAUUUCUUUUGUUUGUAUGCGUGUAUAAAAGUACAACAUUGAUACAUUAAUAAAGUAAAUAUGGUAACAAUGCAA